AAUCAUAAAUCUGAAUCUCAUUUGGAUUGUGAAGAAUUAAAUUCAAAAUCAAAUGUAACUAAAUGGAAAACUGUACCAUGGUUUACGAAAGUACCAUGUAUGGUUUUUUGUACUCCAAUUUUAUCAUCAUUAUCAUUACUUGAGAAUAAUACAUCAACAAAUUCGAAUAUAACAUUAGCCGGUGAUGAAGUUGGUAAAGUUGAAUCAAUUAAAUUUCGUGAUGGAACACAAUGUAAAAUUGAUGAUAAUGAUGAUGAUGAUGAAUUUAUACAACAUAAUGGUAUGUGUAUUGCUGGCCAGUGUCAAAAAUUAGGAUGUGAUAAUCAAUUAUAUUCAACAGCUAUUGAAGAUGAAUGUGGAGUAUGUAAUGGAAAUCGAAGUUAUUGUCGACAAAUAAUAGAUCCAUUUACAUAUAAAAAACCAGAUAAAAUACCAUCUGGUUCAUAUGUUAAAGUAGGAAAUAUAUCAAAAGGAAUUGUUACAUUUCGAAUUGAAAAAUUGACUAAUUCAAAUAGUUUUCUUGCUAUAAAAAUAAAAGAUCGAUAUUAUUUAAAUGGAGAUCAUUCUAUAACUGAACGUAAAACUUUUCAUAUUGAUCAAACACGAAUAUGGUAUAAACGUGGACCAAAACAUGAAGUACUUGAAGGUAGUCGAUAUCCAUUAAAUGAAGAUAUUGAUAUUAUGUUACUUAUGCUUAAUAAUGAUAAAAUUGAAUUAAAUUUUACUUAUUGGAAAUUAGAUAAUCAGACAUUAACAAAUAAAACAAAAUUAAUUAAUAAUUAUUAUAUAUGGACAUUUGAAAAUGAAACAUAUGAUGAUUGUCUAUGUACUACACAACAACCUCAAUGUAUUUUUAAAUCACAACAAAAUGAAUUAAUUGUUGUUUCUGAUCAAUUAUGUGAUGUGAAAUUAAAACCACGUCCAAUAAAAUGUCGUCAUAUUAAUUGUUCAACACAAGUAUCUUCAGCUCCACGUUGGCAACUUGGUCCAUGGCGAUCAUGUGAAGGUCGUUGUUGGCCACAAGAAGCUAUACAACGACGAAGUCUUCUUUGUGUACGAACUAUAUCAAAUAAUAAAACACAUACAAUACCUACAAGUAUAUGUAGUCAUUGGCUUUCUUCUAUACCUAGUACUAUAAGAGAAUGUCCACAAAAUGCCUCAUUAACAAUACCAAAAUGUAGUACUUUAAAAAUAUAUGAUCAAUGGAGUACAGGUGUAUGGACUGGAAAUUGUACUUCGUCGAAUCCAUGUGCUAUGCAAUAUCGAACUGUUACAUGUGCUUCACAUGAUUUAAAUUCGAUUUGUAAUGCGAAUGAAAAUUCAAAGCCAAUUGAUCGACGACCAUGUAAUACAACAUGUGGACAAUGGUUUGUUUCACAUUGGUCAGAUACUUGUACAGGAUCUUGUAACAAUGCAACAUUGACGCGAAAUGUAUGGUGUAGUUCAUCAAUAUGCAAUGAAAAUGAACAACCAUUAUCAACACGUCGUUGUAUUCCUACACAUUGUCCGAAUGCAUCAAUUCAUAAACGACCCAUUACUACAACAACAGCUUCAACUAAAAUAUCUACUUCAAAAAGUACUAAAAUUUCGUCUAUUACUACUACGAAAACGACGGCUACAAGUCAGAAAAAAACUUUAACAACUACACAAUUGAAAAAAACAAGUUCGUCAAUAAAAACUACUACGCCUGAUAGCAAAAAGACUUCAACAGCAAAACCAUCUAAAACAACCAUUGUUAUACCAAAAACAAGUAUUGCAACAAAAACUACUGCUAUUAUACCUAAAAAAACUGUAGUAACAAAACUUGCUUCCAUUCAACCAAAAACUACAACAACAACAACUAUAAAAUCUAAUACACAAAAAAUUACUAGUAAAAAGAGCACUCUUACAACAACAAUAAAAAGUACACGACGUAGUGGUUAA